AAAAUUUUUAGUUAAUUUAAUAGGCAAACAAGAGUUUCUGUUUUUAUACAUGUCCAAAAAUCGUGUGAAAUGAAUCCAAUCAACAGUUUUACCUAUCCAGAUAUUCCAAAGGAUUUAAGUAAACUGCUUCUUCAGAAUGAUAGACAGAGAAUUGUUAUCGGUGUCAUUGGUAAAUCCACGACACCCGACUGUAAUAAACUUAUCGGCUUUAAUUUGCUGAAUAUUCAUCCGGCUUUGACGGAUUCGAAAUGUUGCGAUGGUCGCAUUAAGUUUUACUUCGAAAAUGAUAGCAAUAUGCUAUUCCUACAUUUCGAAACGACAUUUGAUCAACAAAUAAUGAUGGAUUUAAUGAACGAAGCGGUCAGCUCUGACGAUAAUUUCAACUUCAUAAGCUUUAACAGCAGAUUGAGAACUCGAUUUGCCAGAAUGUUGCUCUUUGCUAUCCAAGUUUGCCAUAUAAUUGUCCUGGUUGAACCCAUGUAUUCGUUCGAUAUUAGCUAUUUGUCGAUAUUUAAGUCGCUGAAAAUCAUUCGCGAAAAGCACGUCCUAAAGUUUUUACCGAAAAUGCUUAAGAAUACUAGCGCUGGAAACUACAUGGGUAAGGAAGCUCGACUGUGCAGUCCUAGGUUUCUGUUUUACUUUGAAGGGACUAGCGACAUUCCACCGGAAGAUAUUGAAAAGCUGGAUGAUUUGGAGUGCUCCGUGCAGGAUGAUAUUUUCAAAAUGCUAAAAAGCGAGUUUAUUAUCACAAAUAAUAGCGCUAUGUCUCUUUUUUCUUUACCGAGGAACAAAAAGUUUGUAUUUUUUAGCAGCGAUAGUCGUGCAAAGCUAGAUCCUUUAGAGGACAGUAUCGACUUGCUGAUGCAGUACCUCGAUAGAACGUCCGUACAGACUGAAACCGAUGAAGAAGAUUUAAUUAGUCGGCUAAGACCGUAUGACGGUUACGGAAUGUCAGCGUGGAGCGUCGGUUUGAGUAAACCUCGCAAACCAGAUAGGAACAUAUUGUCACUUCUAAAAGAACAUGUGGCAGAAAUAUUCGAGCAUGGCUUUGAUGACAGCGUAUCAAAGUACAGGGGAAGAAGUCAUUUCGUGGUACCUAGUGUCAAAGUCUGGUUCGAAGGUUUUAAAAUAUUACAUAAAAUUUUUGUUGAUUAUCCUGAUAGUUACGAGGCGUGUGAUAACGAUUAUAGAGCAUUUUUGGAAAAUUUUCACAGCAUCAUGGAUAUCGAUGAGCGUUUCUUCCGCGAGGUGUGUGAACAUGGGCUGGAGCUAGGCAUGGUAAACUACAAAGACAUGCUACCUCAUCAUUAUAGCGCAGCUUAUCACGAGAAAAAAUAUGCCCAAGCACUUGAAGUAUUUAUGGAUUAUGCCAGAGGACCAGAAGUAGAAAAGCAUGAGCUAAAGCUAAAAGAGUAUUGUGAUUCAAUUUGGCUAAACGGGAAGCAACAAUGCGAAUUCCCCAGCUUGCGAGGAAACCCUUGUGUGCUUGCCAAACAUAAGGCGAACGAUCCACUGGAUCACUCCAGUGGAAUAGUGUUCGUGUCUACGUGUAACUGUGGUCGGACACAGGGCCAUCGCGAGGAUCCAUACAGUGUUCGACAGGCCAAUUAUGAAUUCUAUCAGCAAAUCGCCAAAAGUUGCAGCAACUGUAACCUGCUUGAGCGAGUAAAGUUUCCAAUUUUCGAGCCCUCAAGUAACGAUUUCCGGGCAGCGGAGUUUGUUAAUAAGAACCUUUCGAAUUUGAUGUCAUUUGAAAGUUCCUCCAGAACCCCGGAUGCCAAUGCUAAUGCACCUCUAACAAACGAGCAGUCUCCGCACCUAUCUGGUAGUCAGAAAAGUCAAAACGGAACAUCAAAUCUUUCGUUUAGCAUGGAUGAAAAGGACGAGGAGGAGGAAGAUACAUCGAAGGUUUUUAAGAGUCAAAAUAACGACGAAGAAGAUGUUGAGCACGGAUCAAUCAAUGAAAUAGUGAUCAAAGUAGGAGAACGUGCAGACGAAACGGAAAAACAAAAAUUGAUUCUCAGGCAGCCAUCGACUACCGAGUACCUGCCGGGGAUGCUGCAUGCAGCAAGCCCAGCAGGAUUGCUUCCACAGUUUCCUUCAUGGUCUUUGUUGUGCUUAGGACCUAGCUCGAUUUAUACACACAACAGUGGCAUUCCAGAGCAUGUUCAAAGUGGUUUUCUUUCCGGUGCCAACUUUCUGUUACCUUGGGAUGUCAGUGUUCGCCUGGAACAUGCACAAUCGUGGGCAGCGUCAUACGAAAAAAUUCGUAAUCGUAAGAAAAAUACCUCGCAGUCGAAACCCCAAUCUGAGGCAAGCAACACUUUUACGCUGAAGAUUUUCAUUGGCAUCGAGUAUGAAUGCUUGCGUGGUCACAGAUUUAUUAUGGGUGGUCCCGACAGUGUGCUACGUGGCGGUUCGGGUAUUGUACGCGAUAGUGGCAGUAAAGUCGUGUUCAACGACAUGCCGAUUUACUUUCCUUGUCCAUGUCGUAGCACUGCUAACGUUGCUCAGUUGAUGCGUGUCCAUAUUGUAACGCCGAAAGCACCGGUGAACGUGAUACUGGAACCCAAAAUCAAGAUGUAUCAAAACGGCGGUUCGAACAGUCUAAUUUUUACGACUGGUUUAACCGAAGCAGUAAAGCUAAGCCAAAGUGCGUACUGGAUACUGCGCUUACCUUUCAUCUACGAGGGUGAAAACGGACCAUUGCUGCCACCGGCGGAAGUUGAUACGGCUAAUGCCGCAUCAUAUGGUGUCCUCCUGGCCGGCAUGUACGGUAUAAAAGAAAGUGAAUUUGUCGAGGAAUUGGUCCAAUAAUAGUAGAACAGAGUAAACCAACAAAAUGGUUUAUAUAUAGUUAUUUUUCCCAAUAUGCUUUGUUAAUUUGUAGUAAUAAAAUGAUAAUCAUAGUUCAAUUUAAAAUCCGUAAACUUAAUCUGUU